UCGUCACGCUGGUUGUCUACCUUGGUCGAGACUUCUUCUCCUGGCAACAGGUGAAACGCUUGUGGUCAGCAGCUGCUUGGGGAUGUCUUUGCCAACAUCUUCGGAUUAGACGUUGUUCCCAGUCAGCAGCAACAGGAUCAGGAGUGCUAACACACCAUAGUCAUGGAGGAUGGAAAAACAUCAGUUGAGACAGAUGACCAUGAAGUCCCAGAUACAAGUGUCUUUGUAGAUCCUGAAGAUAAUAUUGUAAAUGGAAACUUUGAUGUGAAGUUGACCCUUUAUGCAAAAGGUAGCAAGGUGUGCUCAGAUCUCUCUGGAUUGCAGUUCACUCAAAUACCAGAGGGCAUAUUUGAUACACAAUGUCUGAGUUGUCUGUUUCUUGGCAACAAUAAAAUCAAUGAGAUACCAGAUGAAAUCAGUCAUCUAGAAAAUUUGGAGAUGUUGAUUCUGUCAGAAAACAGUCUGACAACGGUCAACAGAUCAGUCUUUCGUCUUCCAAACCUACAAAUUCUGGACCUGUCAAACAAUGACAUAGAGAGCCUGUCAUCAGAGGUAUCUGGGCUCCACAAACUGAAACAGCUUGUCAUUAAUGGGAACAAGCUCAGAGAGAUUCCUGCUUCUAUUGGAUUCAUGAAAGAACUGAGGAUUCUUGGCUUGAAUGAAAAUAGGCUUCAUGAGAUACCAGAUACUCUUGGUCAGCUGGAAAACCUUGAAAUUCUUGGACUUGAGAGGAAUUGUCUUGAGUUUUUUAAUCCUGCACUUUGCACAAUUGAAGGGCUAAAGCGCCUGGGUCUGUCAGGCAAUCAGAUAACUAGCCUGCCUCGGGAAGUGGAGAACCUGAUCUCUUUAGAACAGCUGCUGCUAGAUGACAAUGAGUUUGAAUUUGUGCCUAUCCAGGUGUUUUGGCUGAUAAACUUACGAGAACUUGCCAUGUCCGGCAAUCAUCUGACAGCCAUUCAGGCAGAAAUAGGACUGCUCAAAGAAUUACGGAUCCUCGGUCUGAACAAUAACAGAUUGACAGUUCUACCACCAGAGAUCUCUCAGCUAAAGCAUCUCAAAAUUCUUGGUCUUCAGAAUAACCUGUUGGAAGCCAUGCCUGCUGACAUUGCAGAGCUAUUUGAAUUGCAAGAGGUUUAUGCUGGUUCCAACAAGUUGAGUGAGAUUCCAGAAGGGCUUUGCUGGUGCUCUAACUUGCAGAUUUUGAGCCUGCCCAAGAAUUCUCUGGAGAGGUUACCUGUUGAAUUUGAAAACUUAAAGAAGCUGACUAUGCUUAUUCUGUCAGAAAAUGAAUUUCUGUAUGUUCCUGCUGCCUUUUGUGCUCUUGAAGAGUUGGAGAUAUUGCAUUUAGAUGGAAACUCUCUCAUCAGUAUUCCUGAAGAACUUGGUGCUUUGAAGAAGAUGCAACAUCUUACUCUGAAUAAUAAUCGAUUCAGAGACUUUCCACAAGCAGUUUGUAAUAUGGUCUCUUUGGUUACAUUGGAUCUGAGCAACAAUGUAAUUAUAUCUAUCCCAGGAGAGAUUUCUCAGCUGACUAACUUAUUGUUUUUCAACAUGAAGAAGAAUGAAGUUGGAGUGUUUCCUGUUGAACUAUGUUCAUUGAUUAAGCUGCAGAUGCUGGACAUUUCUGACAAUAUGCUCAAAGACCUACCAGAAGAAGUAGGAUUGAUGGCAUGCCUUGAAGAUCUGAACCUGUCAAAUAAUCAUUUCUUUGAAUUUCCCAAAAUAGUAUGUUCUAUUCCUAGUCUGCAAAAGCUGGAUUUCAGCCAACAGAGAGGAACCAAGGUGCCUUCAUUACCAGAUGAAAUAGAGUUUUCAUCUGUAUGGUAUCUGAAUGUGUCACACAACACUCUACGUACACUGCCUCGCACUCUUAAUGCUAUGAGAUGCCUGACAGAUUUGAUUGCUUCUCACAAUGAGAUAUCAUCACUUCCAGAUACAUUGUGCUAUAUGAAAAGGUUACAGGUCCUGCACUUGGAUAACAAUCAUCUCACAACUUUACCGGUAGACUUCGAUCAGUUGAAGGGUCUUCGUGACUUACGUCUCCACAACAACCCUUUGCGAACUCCGCCAAUGGAUGUGUGUGUGUCAGGUGUUCUCCAGCCCAUUGGAUGUUUCAUUCGUAGAGCCUUGGAGAGAGAAGAUCUGCUGAUAACAAGGAUGUUUGAGGCAAUGAAACCAGCUCUAAGCAAAAAUGAAUUGAGAUAUCUAAUGAAGAAGUUAAAAUUUCCAAAUGAAAAAAUCGUGGAAUUAGAACAAAUGUACCAUGGUAAAGAUCGACUCCCUGAUCGUGUGAUGGCAGCAAUGUUGUUUUGGAAAGAAUCUUACAGUGAAAAAGCAACUUCCGAUGAACUGAUUAGAGUGCUGCAUAUUGUUGGCUAUGAACAGCUGUCUAAACAAUUAUGGAACAUGAAGAUCAUGUCACAGAGGCUAAGGCUAUAGCAAUCACUGCUCCAUCCUCCCUACAUCAAAGCAAUUUAAUGAGGAACACUGGAAUAUUUUAUUUCAUUCCACAUGUGUUGGGGCCUUUCUUUAUACACAAGUAUAUGGCAACUAGAUACCACCAGAAUAAUAUUCCUUGUGUAAUACAAAUCAUGUGAUCAAAGUUCACAAAAGGUUUGCAAGACUUGCAAAAGCUUCUGUUACAACUGUCUGAAAAAGCCUAACCUAUAUCUAUAUUCAUUAAUUAGACUGUCUCAGUUUUCCAUAUUUCUUCUUAGGGCGGUCUGGUGGUGCAAUGAUUAGUGCCUGUCACCAAUAAGUGAAGGCUGGCUGCCCUGGGCUCAGCUCUCAUCUUGGGCAUGCUGGCAUAUGUUUACAAGGCUGGCUGCCUUGCUGUGAUAUAGCCUUAGUUGGCUUGGUGUACAGUACCAAUCCCCACCCCCUCACACUUCCAAAUUUUACUUCUAGUUGAUUGGAUCAUGUCAUUUUCAAUUAACUAAUUAUAUGUUUUGAAAAAAAAAACUUUCAAUGAGGACAGUCUUCUGUACAUCAGGGAUUGAGUAAGACAGAUUUUAAUAUGGAUUUAACAUGUAUCUUACAGAUCUUAAUUUAGAAUUUGAGUUUUGCAGCCAAAGUGCUCUCUUGCAGAUUCUUGCAGGCAAGCGGUAUACCUUUAUUAAAAAGAAAAAGGAUCAGAAUUAAGAAAGGACAUGAAAUUUUGUCUGUACUAUGACAUAGGUAAAUCUAGUCCAUGUAAAUAGUUGUUAGUAAUUGCUUAUACGUGAUAUCAAGAUAUGUGCUCUAUUCAGAUUUGUGCAUGCAUGUGUGUGAGCGUGACACACACACAUGCUGUGCACAUGUAGCAAUCUUUUAUUUCAGUCAAAAGUUGAACCUUUUUUUAACAGCCUCCCCACAGGUGAGGCUAAUGAAUAACUGGUGGAAUGUAAGGUUUGCUGUAGAUGGUAGGGGAAGCUGAUGAUUUUGAGUUUUCAGUUGCAUUGUAUGAUGUGAGCUGUGCAACAGACCUUGCAGUAAGCACCUGACCUGACAUGUCACCUGGCCACAAGCAUUAACUGAACUUAACAAGGUGUACAUUUCAGUGUCUUGCAGUGUCAACUGUGUGAUAAUUUCCUUAAUUGACAGCUUGUAGGUCUUGCUGGGCUUGCAGGUCUUAAAAAGAACAAUAAUAAUAAAAUGUAAAAUUUGUAAAGCACAUACACUUCUAAGGAGUAUGCGCUUUUAUGCUUAGGAACAAGAACAAGACAUAGGCUACAUACCAGGAACAGAAGAACAAGCAAACAAUAUAUAAACUAUGGAAGAAUAGACAAUAGUACUGAUGAUGAAUAAAAGCCAAAUACAGAAGACGCAAAGAGGAACCAAGUAACAAGGACUGAGAGUAUCGUGAUUUUGCAAAGGGAAGAUGAGCAGUAAAAUAGCAAUAAGCGGAAAUGGUGGGAAGGGUGAAAAAGACUAGCAUUGUGGAAACUGGUGUUACAAGUAAGGAUUAAGUAAGAGGUGUGUCUUCAAUACACAUUUAAAGAAUUCAAUAGUGGGUAAGAGGCUGAUAUGGAAAGGGAGAGAGUUCCAUUGUUUUACUGCACAGUAACUAAAAAUCCUGUGACCAUAUUUUUUUCUGGUGACAGGAAUAGUCGGGAGACAGACGUCAGACAAAGAGCAUAGUUGUCUGACUGGGAUGCAAGGAAAGAGAAAUUCAUAGAAAUAGUUAUAGGCAGGAGGCAGCAAAGAAAUUAAAUCAGCACAGACAGUUUGUACUGGAUGCAAGAACAGAUGGUUAGCUAGUGCAGAAAACAAAGGAGAGGAGUGAUAUGGUCCCGUUUCCUAGCUCUAAGCAUAAUGCAUACAGCCGAGUUCUGUACUUGCCGGUAAAGCAAGGAGUUGCAGUAAUCAAGCCGAGAAAGAAAAAAUGAACAAUAGUGUUGGUAGCGUGCUUCGAGAGAAUGUGAUGAAUGGCACUGGCUGGUCUUGCAGGACUUGCUGGACUUGCAGGUCUUGCUGGGCUAUUGGACUUACUGAUAAUAUUAAGCAUGUAGCUAAUGUUUCUAAAAUGAUCAGAUCCACAGUAUAGUAGACUUGAGGAGCAACUUGCAACAUUAGGGGUCAAGUCAUUUCCCUAACCAUGGUCGAGUAGCACAUUAUUAUUAUUUUUUUACUGUAGAUAUUAUCAUCCUAUCUGUGAUAAUGUCGAGCUGUUGCAAGACCAUUGCUAAUAGUAGUAGUAAUAAUUAAUAUUUAGUACAAUUAUAUCUGCUCCUAAUGGAGGAGCUCAUGGAGCUUAUAAAGUGUUUACACACACAUGGACGCGUGCACAAAUAGUACACCAAAUGCCUUAAUGUCCAACCAAUCAACCAACGAAAGCAUACUCUCAUGUAUUGAAACAGCAUAAACAAUACCAACUAGGGAAAUGGGAGGUGAGGGCAUCACCUUUGGGGAAAGUAUUUGUACAGUACAAGGAAUGUGAUCUGCAUAUUUUUAUCCACUACUGUACUGCAUAUUUCUUUUGCAGUUUUAUAUAUACAUAUAUGCAUAUGUUGUUUCUUAAGUGGCCUUUCACUGUUACAAAAGUUAUUUUUCUACUAGCCAUACAUUUAUGUGUAGAAAAAUCUUAUUUUUAUAUACAAAAUAUAUGUCUACAAACAUUUAUAUAAUGCAGUUGUUUGUGGCUUACUUUAAACGUAAUUAUGUGCAUAAUACAUGACAUAUUGUUGCUGAAGACUCAGCUUUAACAGCUAUACAGUUAGAUGAAACUGGGAAAUUACUAUUAAGUUUGUAAAAUGAUAGCAGGUUACUCUCAGAUCUGUAUUAUGAUGGGAAAGUUGCUUUCUGGACUGUGACAUGAUGACUAGUCUGUAAAAUGUCAAAAUGUGUGAGUGACAGGAUUUGAAAUGUGCAUAACAGACAAUGAUUAUAUCAUCUUCUUUUUCUCCUUUUUUCUCAUCACUUUUACUCUUGUCCCCUCCUCCACAAAUAGAACACAAACACCCCUUGUGCGUCAGCAGAGUGAUAAUAAUUUAUAAAGUCUUCCAAACUGAUUCCUGUCAGUCAUUUAAAGGUCUACCAAACCAUUUAAAGGUGCACUUUUUCUAAUGAUAUGAUUAGAUUUAUAAUUUCCCAAGCAACCCCCUUCCCUUCUUAAGAUACAUUUCUACAAAUGCUACCAGAAAGACUCGUGAUAUCAUCACGGAUGUGUAUAGGAUAUUAGUUCGUGAUAUCAUGAAUGCACGCGGAUAGGUUUAUGUCUCUAGGGCUAUAGGCAGUAGGAGACCUGAUACCGUUGUUCUUUUUCUUUCUCAUCUCUUUCUUCGACCGCUUGGACAGGAACUCCAGAGGUCCUUACAAAGUCUGCUGCGAUGUAGACAUCUGGUGCCAUAGUCAUUAUGCAAUAGCAAGUCGUUGCCCCUGGGCAACAUGGGAAACUUGAGGACAAGCCUCUUGUUUUUGAAGUUAUUAGGGGUUUCAAGAUACCAAAGAUGAAUAAAGGAUCCACGGGUGUCUAGCGUCGCCUGUCCAACGUCUUGUGAGGGUGUGUAUAUGUAGAUAUACUGCGUUGCAGAAGUACAGAAACACCCCGUUUUCACCAAUUAAUUAUAUUAACUGUAGCAAAUAAACUAAACAAGAUUUUAAAAAUUGGCAGAGUUUUUACAAGAAUCCAGACAUACUUAAAAUAAAUUAACUCUG